AUUCCUAGCCAAUGAGAGCUAACCGGAGCUGCAAUCUCCCAUGCCUGUGGAGGCCAAGUUAUAGCAGAAGAGAAUGCUGAAAUCAGUAGGAAGACUACAGUCUGAGAUGAAAGAAUGUCUCAUUAUCAUUUUAUCAAGUGCUGCUGUUUCCAGCUAUGUAAUGUUUUUCGAACACAUGACAUGGAAAUUGACCAGUGCUUACUGGAGUCCCUCCCUUUAGGCCAACGCCAGCGGUUGGUGAAGCGUAUGCGCUGUGAUCAAAUAAAGGCAUAUUAUGAAAGAGAAAAGGCUUCUCAGAAACAGGAAGGACAUGUGAAAAAGCUGAAACAUGGAAAGAAUCAUCGAGUUCAUUUCAACCUUGCUGAUAUGAUACAGGAUGCAAUCAUACAUCAUGAUGACAAAGAAGUGUUACGGCUACUAAAGGAUGGUGCAGACCCUCACACUCUUACUUCCUCAGGAGGCUCCUUGCUCCAUCUGUGUGCUCGUUAUGAUAAUGCCUUUGCUGCAGAAAUUCUAAUUGACAGAGGAGUAAAUGUAAAUCAUCAGGAUGAGGAUUUUUGGACACCAGUGCAUGUAGCCUGUGCAUGUGAUAAUCCUGAUAUUGUCCUGCUACUGUUAUUA